AUGGGCUUAGAGUUACCUCAGAAUAUCCCACCCCAUGUUCCGGCUGGUGCCAAGAUUUAUAAAGACGACUGUAUGUACACAUUUGAUACAGCAGAAAAUAAUGACUUAGGUCUAGACAUUGAUUUGAAAACUUAUCGUGCAUACUCAAGAAAUAACGAAUACAACUAUACAAAGCAAAAUUAUGAGGCCACCGGAAACUACUUAUACUUGAAUGUCAAAAAGACUUUAAAACCGAAAGAGGAAAUCGAUAAACUUCUAUAUGACGACGAUGGUGAAAAGAGUCCGAAAAUUCGCAAGUUGGAAAUUAAGAACGUCAGCGAGGAAGAUUAUUACAACACCGAGAUCAGCUUGUACGACGUGAAGCAAGAUAAACUUUAUCCAAGAUCAGAGCUCAGCGCUGCUUUCAAUAACCUUUUUGAGGAAAUCUUGAGUGCAAAUUCAUCGAAUGACGACGAGGAGAUCAAGCAAUGGGAGCAAGAAAUUGCACCGUGCCCGCAUUCAGUAAAUGUCGAGCAAUUUGAUUUCGAUGGAACACUUGAUCUCACAAAAUGUAGCCAGUGUGAUUUGAAAGAGAAUUUGUGGAUUUGUUUGCAUUGUGGUGCUUUGGGGUGUGGAAGACAACAGUACGCGUCCACUAUGAAAGGAAACGGUCACGCUUUGGCCCAUUAUGAAACUUCACAACAUCCUGUAGCAUUGAAAUUGGGAUCUCUAUCGGGAGACUCUGAAAGCUAUGAUGCAUAUUGUUAUCAAUGCAAUGAUGAGGUGAAGGUGCCAAAUUUGGCAGCCAUACUUAAGAAGUACGGCAUUGAUUUGGAAAAGACUAAAAAGACUGAAAAGUCCCUAGUUGAACUUAACAUUGAUCAGAAUUUGAAUUGGGACUUCAAAUUGGAUGGUGCUGGUGGAGAUAAGUUGCCGCCAGUUUAUGGGAAAGGAUUGACGGGAUUGAAGAAUCUUGGGAACUCAUGUUAUAUGAAUUCUGUCCUCCAAGCAUUAUUCGAUUUGAGUCUGUACAAAGAGUUCUUCAAGGGCUUGAACCCUAAGUUAGAUAUCAAUCCGGCCGAAGAUUUGUCAAGUCAAUUACUCAAAAUUUAUGACGGGUUGUACAGUGGAAGGUAUUCCGUUCCCAGUCCUUUGAAAGGGGAGGACUACCAACUAGGUAUCAAACCUUUUGUUUUCAAGAAUCUUAUUGGGCAAAACCACCCUGAGUUUAAAACCCAGAGACAGCAGGAUGCCUAUGAGUUUCUUCUUUAUCUCUUAGACAAACUUGAUAAUGAGUUUGGGCUAAAGUUAAAUGAGGAUUUGAAAUUUGUAUACACGGAGAAAGUCGUUUGUGACAACUGCAAACAUGGAUCAUUGAAAAAUGAGUUGGUGGACAAUAUAUCAGUUCCGUUGGAGGAAACGGUGUUGGCGACAGAGGGCGACGAGAAAGUUUACAAGGAAGUGGAUUUGCGUGACAGCUUCCAGAAAGUAGCGGGUCCCGAAUUGAUACCGGGAUACCAAUGUGACAAUUGUAAUCUGAAGCCCGGAGCUGCCUUGAAAUCAGGCGGGUUUACAUCGUUCCCGAAAUAUCUUAUUGUCAGUGCUCAAAGAAUCAAAUUGGAGAAUUGGGCACCUGCAAAAGUAGACGUUCCAGUAAAGGUGCCUUUUACCCUAGACCUUUCUGAAUUCAAGGCACCCUUUUUUAAAGAGGGGGAAAUUGAAGUUACACCUUCCAGGUCGAAUGAUGACACGCAGACCUUUACCGCAAAUGCUGAACAGUUGAAUACACUUUUAGGGAUGGGGUUCCCAGAACCUCGAUCAAUUAAAGCUUUGUACAGCACAGGAAACAACGAUGCUGAAGCAGCCAUGAACUGGCUUUUUGAGCAUAUGGAAGAUCCUGAUAUUGAUGAACCACUAGAUCUCACAGGAGAGGGAUUGAAGGCACCACUGACCCCAUCAGACGAAGCCGUUAGUAAUCUCGUGGGCAUGGGAUUUUCCCACCAAUUGUCGAAAAAGGCGCUUUAUUUGAACAAUGAUGACCCUAGUGCUGCCGUAGAGUGGUUAUUUUCCAAUCCUGACGAUGACGGUGUAAUCGAAGUGAAUGACAAGGUACCUGUUAACGCUGGCAAGGAAAAGCGGGAUUUACUUGCAAAAUUGAGCAACGAAUCUAAAUCCUCGGGUCAGUACCAAUUGAAGUCGGUGAUCUGUCACAAAGGUGCGUCGUCACAUACCGGUCACUAUGUUGUAUUUGUGAAAAAAUUUGUCGAUGGUGCAUGGAAGUGGGUUUUGUUCAAUGAUGAGAAAGUGGUACUUUGCCAGGAGGAGAAUUUGAAAGAGGUGGAGAAAAAUGCAUACAUCUAUAUAUUUGAACAGGUUUGA